AUGUUCGGAUUCGACGAGGCCAAAGACAACUACGACAACGCCUACGGCGGCAACCAUGAGUCCAGACUCAGCCAUGAGGUCGUCGCCGGCGGCGCUGCCUUUGGGGCGAUGAAGCUUUUCGAGGACAGGCAGCGCAAAAAUGGAGAGCCCGUCCACCACGCAUUCGCCAAGGAGCUGCUCGCGGGCUUCGCUGGUGCCGAGGUUGACAAGCUCGUCGAGACCAAGGGGCUGGACUACAUUGAUAGGGAAAAGGCCAAGAGGCAUGCAGAGAGGCAGGCUGAGAGCCUCUAUGACAAUCAGUACGGCGACAUGGAGCAGUACGACCCGCGUGAACGCGAACCGCAUCGUCACAUUCGGGAGGAUAGGGGGUAUGGCGGUGGCAGCGGCUACGGCCAAGACCAGGAGCAGGGUUAUGGCCAGAACCAGAGCCGUGGGUACGAUCAAAACCAAGGGUACGGCCAGAACCAAGGGUACGAUGAUAGACGUAACGAGGAAAACAGGGGCUAUGAGGAGAACCGCAGGUGGUAG